UUCUAUAGCUGUUGUAGGACUGGCUAUGGCCACCAUACUUCCGGGUUCCGUCAUUUCAUUCUCCCGCCGAUCAGCGCUGCAAACUGACUCUGUUCUAUAAGCAAGCUAGCAGCCAACCUGCCAACACUCACUGACACUCACUCAUCUCAGACCGAGAGAUAGACGAAAUACCUACAGGGAGGAAAGAAAGAUCUUGAAUUGCAAUCUUUUAAUUUCCAUUGCCUUUUCUCUUUACAGUAAUAAUAAUAAGAAAAGAUAGCGAUCCAGAGGCAAAAAGGAGAAGCGGAGUUGUUGGAAGAAAACGGGCUAAAAGAUUCAUCCUCUCUUGAUCAUCAUCACCAACCAUCAUUCAUUCAUUACCUUGACAACCCCUGGCUUUGAUUGACAGCUGGAGUGGCAAAAAGCCAUGAGACACGACAGUUUAGUUACAUGCGGGUUGUUGAUGGGCCGAUUGUAACCUUCAGUUUGGUGCUUGACAUUUUUUUUUUGGAAGAGGAAAACAAGAAAAAUUGCACAAACUACUCCCGAUGCUUCUGCUUGUUCUUUACCGUAUUGGAGAAUAGGAGAAUUCACUAAGUUGGUUGAAAAAGGAAUCUUACCACUAAAUCACUUUCUAACCGGACUGGGAUAUUAAACAUACGACACAUCCAGGAGUUUAUUGGAGCGCAGACUGAUGGCGCAAAGGUACGAUGAACUACCCCAUUAUGGAAUGGACGCUGUGGGGGUCCCAGCGUCUAUGUACGGAGACCCUCAUGCUCCUCGACCGCUACCCCAAGUACAUCACUUGAACCAUGGACCACCGCUACAUGCCAGUCAGCAUUAUGGUGCACACGCACCUCAUCCUAAUGUAAUGCCAACCAGCAUGGGCUCUGCUGUCAAUGAUGUUUUAAAGAGGGAUAAAGAUGCAAUUUAUGGUCACCCGUUAUUUCCCCUGCUAGCGCUGGUUUUUGAGAAAUGUGAGCUGGCGACGUGCACGCCCAGAGAGCCGGGAGUUGCAGGCGGCGAUGUCUGCUCCUCCGACUCGUUCAACGAGGACAUCGCAGUCUUUGCUAAACAGGUUCGAGCAGAAAAACCCUUAUUUUCUUCAAAUCCAGAGUUGGACAAUUUGAUGAUACAAGCCAUACAAGUAUUACGAUUUCAUCUUUUGGAAUUAGAAAAGGUCCACGAGCUUUGCGAUAACUUUUGCCAUCGGUACAUUAGUUGUUUGAAAGGAAAAAUGCCAAUUGAUCUAGUAAUUGACGAACGGGAUGGCAGCUCAAAAUCGGACCACGAAGAACUCUCAGGAUCUUCAACAAAUUUAGCGGAUCAUAACCCAGCGUCUUGGAGAGAUCACGAUGACGCAACCUCAACGCACUCGGCAGGCACGCCAGGACCCUCCAGUGGGGGUCACGCUUCACAAAGUGGGGACAACAGCAGCGAGCAAGGUGAUGGUUUAGAUAACAGCGUGGCCUCACCUGGCACAGGUGACGAUGACGAUCCCGACAAGGACAAAAAACGACAGAAAAAAAGGGGAAUUUUCCCAAAAGUAGCAACAAAUAUCAUGAGAGCGUGGCUAUUCCAACAUCUCACACACCCGUACCCCUCCGAAGAACAGAAAAAACAGUUAGCGCAAGACACGGGCCUCACAAUUUUACAAGUAAACAACUGGUUUAUCAAUGCCAGAAGAAGAAUAGUACAGCCCAUGAUUGACCAGUCAAAUCGAGCAGGUUUUCUUCUUGAUCCUUCAGUGAGCCAGGGAGCAGCAUACAGUCCAGAGGGUCAGCCGAUGGGGAGUUUUGUACUUGAUGGCCAGCAACACAUGGGGAUCCGGCCAGCCGGUCUGCAAGGCAUGCCAGGGGAUUAUGUACCUCAGGGUGGUCCUAUGGGCAUGAGUAUGGCACAGCCAAAUUACACUCCUCCCCAGAUGACCUCACAUCCUCCCCAGUUACGACACGGACCCCCAAUGCAUUCAUAUCUCUCCAGCCAUCCUCAUCAUUCAGCCAUGAUGAUGCACGGUGGACCCCCUCCGCACCCAGGAAUGACCAUGUCUGCACAGAGCCCCACCAUGUUAAACCCUGUAGACCCCAGCGCUGGAGGACAAGUUCUGGAUAUUCACGCCCAGUAGUAUAAGGGAACUUGAAAACAAAGAGAAAAACAACAUAUAACACAUUAAAAAAAACUAUUCUGAGACUUUUUUUUAAAAAAAAGAAAACCUUUUGACCAGAAUUAGACACUUAACGGAAUUCCAGAUGAGCUGUGAUUAUUUUUUACUUGUCAUUUUGUUAUUUUCAACAACGGAGGACCAAGCUAACAAGAACACUUUGUAAAGUCUUGGGCUUUUGUUAAAAAAGAACAACAGAAGACGUUCUCACACACGCUCACACACACAUGCUCACAAAGAGAGACACACAUGAUUAAAAAAUAAAUAAAAAUCACUCUGGAAGAUUAAAAAAGAAAUAAAUGAAAAAGGCUCCAAGAGUUAAUAACUACUGUAGUAUAAAAUAUAGAAACUAAGUUAAAACUUGUGCAUUUUUGUUGAUCACUCAAUUUAUGUUUCCUGAGCUAGUUUUAGAAGAGAAGUUUAUCCCUCCUUUCACACUGUGUGUGUUGUUCCCAGAAGACAGACUGUCUUGGUGCAGCAAUAAACAAGCCCGACUGAAAAUGACUGUACUGGGCAAAAUCUGUUGACCAAGGAACAGAACUACCAUCAAGAAGGCUGCUCUACAUCUGAUCUCUUAAGAAAAUUCAGUUUGAAAUUGUGUUUUCAUGCCCUUCUUUUUUUGGGAUCUUGAAUGAAUGUGCCCUGUAGAUAAAGUUCUUAGUUUGAAUUGCCCAAGCACUGGAUCGUGUUGGUUUUAUACUUUUUUUUUAUUUUAUUUUUUAUUUUGUAUUCUGGACUCUUAUUUAAAGAGCCUGUUGAAGGAAGCUUAAUGGUGGAAUAGCAGCAUCCUCCAAUAGUUCUUAGCCUUGGAAUCGACACAGUUGUCACAUGGACAGUAUCAACAGUGGUGGAUACCUUUGGCAUUGAAAGAAGCUAUUGAUGGUCAGUGCACCAAAAAAACUAAAAAGACAACUUAAAUUAUGAACUCAAAGCUUGGAAAAAGCAAAGAGAAUAUUGUAACAAACUUCGUACAGAGUUCAGUCUAUUAAUUGUUUCAUGUUAGAUAUUCUAUGUGUUUACCUCAAUUGAAAAAGAAUGUUUUUUGCUAGUAUCAGAUCUGCUGUGGAAUUGGUAUUGUAUGUCCAUGAAUUCCUUCCUUUUUCAGCACGUGUUCCUCACUAGAAGAAAAAUGCUGUUUCCCUUAAGCUUUGUCAAAAAACAUUAAAUACUUGUAUGAGGACUGUGACGUUAUGUUCAAAAGGUGUUCAGUCACAAAUGCUGUAAUAAAUAUUUCAUUUUUGAUUUUUGUUA